CAAAUCAAAGAGUGACCAUUAGUUCCACAAAUACAGAUGUAUAGAUACAGGUCCCCACUAAUUAUUGGUUGGUUGUGGGUCUCUGUCGGUGGAAAUCACGUUCCGGGGGAGGAGAAAUGGGAACGCAGGGGCACCGCGAUGCGACCGCAAAGGGCACUUUAACUUUUGUGAUCAAAGGGGCAGGGGCAUGCAAUAUAUAGUAAUACUAAUCAUUUUGAAUUCUAAUGAAAAUUCAAUAGUAUUGUAAUUGAAAGGGAAGUAGUCACUAUUGUAUUACCUACUAGUAUUAAAAAAGCACUAGUCACUCGGUCUGCACGUUAUAUCGAAAUUAUCAAAAUAUUGCAAAUGUGCAUACCGCAGUGGCUUAUGAUAACGGAAUAAUUUUAAUACUUAAAAAGAUUGCGCCAAGUGUAAGUUUCAGGUUACCGCAGAGUAGACUGGACACAUGACUGUUAUUUACUAGCGAUAUUUACUACUAGUUCGUAUAAAGGAAUAUUUGUUAAAUUGGCUUGCCAUACAGUCAUUGUUCGCUUGACAUAUUUGUUCUUUUAACUGUAGGAUUCCAUUGUCAGACGCUUUAUCAUGACUGAUGGCGAGGGGAGAGAACACUUUCAUUACUUGGAGAGAGGAGAGGUAAGUGUUCCCAUUUCAGCCCUGUACCGGGCGCCCUGUUCCAGUGAAGAGAUCAGCGAUGAGGAGGAAAAGAGCAGCACAUGGAUCCCAGUUCAUGAGAGCUCUCAGGCACAGGGGUCUGGGGCCCGGGACCCCACUCCAGAUUUCGUCUCCGAUGAGGAGGAGAAGCCCCCCUACCCGAUGCUUGCGCCUGUGGUGUUCUUCUGCAUCAAACAGACCACUCGUCCACGUAGCUGGUGUCUCAGGAUGGUUUGCAACCCAUGGUUUGAGCAUGUGAGCAUGCUGGUGAUUCUCUUGAACUGUGUGACUCUGGGCAUGUUCCAGCCAUGUGAGGACCUCAAGUGCCAGUCUGAGCGGUGUAUCAUCUUACAGGCAUUUGAUGACUGCAUCUUCGCCUUCUUUGCUGUGGAGAUGGUCAUUAAAAUGAUAGCCCUGGGGGUAUUUGGACCAAAGAGUUACCUUGGUGACGCAUGGAACCGCCUGGACUUCCUCAUUGUCAUGGCAGGGAUGAUGGAGUAUUCACUGGAUGGUCAUAACGCAAGCCUGUCAGCCAUCCGGACUGUGCGAGUGCUCAGGCCCCUGCCUAGAUCUUUGUCCUGCCCCUCUGAUCCUCUCAAGAUAUGUUGACAGUGAUGAAGCUCCAGUCCUCCACAGUCGACCUCAUGGAGGAUGAACUGCUUCUUCUUCUUUCAGGGAUUGUUUAAUGGAUGAACGCACCUCAGCACUCUUCACUGUUCCUGCCACUGCCUGCAUCAUCUGGGUCAAAGAGAAGAUAAUGUUAGUGACUGAAAACAGCACAAUUACCCUUGGUUUCUUCCUCAUCUCCAUCUCAUGGUGUUUUCUUCACUUGCCACGGUUACAUUGGUUUUUCUCACUAUGUGUAUAAAGACUAAAGCAUUAUAGCGUCACUUUUGACCAACUGCUGAAACAAGUCGAGUCACCUUUAUUUAUAUAGCGCUUUUUACAAUGCAGAUUGUGUCAAAGCAGCUUUACAGUGAUAACUGGUGUAUAGUUUUAGCUGCACAGCAGCUCUUAAAGAAAAUAGUGUCAGUAUCCAGUUAAAGUAAAUUCAAAUUGUUUGUAAAAAUUAAUAGUUAAUAAUUUAGUUAAUUUAUCAGCACUAGAGAAAACAGCGAUGUCAUCAUCCAGCUCAGUUCAAUUAGCAUAUAAUGAUGUCAGUGCAGAUCAAAAACAUUGUUGAAUAUCAAGGGUCAAGCAACAGUGGGGACUUUUUUGACGAUAGACGACA